CUCUCUCUUUCAUUUUCUUCAGGACAGGUCCUUCUCCAAACCGUUUUCUACUCAGACCCAUCAACCAACCUCUCUCUCUCUCUCUCUCUCUCUCUUCCCUAUAUUCUAAGCAAACCCCACGGCUAUCAUGAUCAUCAUUCCCACUCUGUGAAGCCUCCCCUUUUCUCUCUCUAUCUCUCAUAUUCUACCAUUCUAUAAAGUCUUAACUAAUCUACAUCAAACCAGUUGGGGAGAGAUAUAGAUACCUUUCAGAGGAUAGGAUCCAAAGGCUCCCAAAAUGAGGAAACCAGAGGCCUCUGGGAAGAACAACAACAAUAAUAACAAGCUUAGAAAGGGCUUGUGGUCACCAGAGGAAGAUGACAAGCUCAUGAAUUACAUGCUAAAUAAUGGGCAAGGUUGUUGGAGUGAUGUGGCAAGAAAUGCUGGGUUGCAGAGGUGUGGCAAGAGUUGCCGUCUUCGCUGGAUCAAUUAUUUGAGGCCUGACCUUAAGAGAGGCGCAUUUUCACCCCAGGAAGAAGAACUGAUCAUCCAUUUGCAUUCUCUUCUUGGCAACAGGUGGUCUCAGAUUGCGGCUCGCUUGCCUGGACGUACAGACAAUGAGAUAAAGAAUUUUUGGAAUUCAACAAUAAAGAAAAGACUAAAGAAUCUGUCGUCUUCAGCCUCACCAAACACGAGUAAUUCUUCCUCAGAGCCAAGCAAAGAAGUAGCAGCAGCCAUAGGAGGAGGGUUCAUCUCCAUGCAGGAACAAAGCAUGAGUCCCAUGUACAUAUACCCAUCAUUAUCAUCUUCAUCUUCAUCAAACACGUCCAUGCAAGCUAUGUUUCUGAAUCAAAUAAUGGACCCAUUGCCUACCUUCGAUCAUGGCCUAAGCACGUGCGGUGCAAGUGUAUACUUCAAUAAUGAUGCACCCCCAUGCAUGACUCAUAUAGGAGUUAGCGGUGAUGAUAUAUAUGGAAAUCAAGGGAUCCUUGGAGGUGUUAACAUUGGAAUUGAAGGAGAGCUUCAUAUUCCUCCUCUAGAGAGUAUAAGCAUAGAGGAAAACGCUAAAACUGAAGAUAUGUAUGGUAGCAACAACAAUAAGUACCCAUAUAGCAAUGUGAAUAGAAUUAACAGCAACUGCAAUAACAAUACUAAGGCUGAGAAUAUGACUACUGGGGUUGGGAACUUAUGGCAAGGAGAAGAGCUAAAAGUGGGGGAUUGGGACUUGGAAGAGUUGAUGAAAGAUGUGUCCUCCUUUCCUUUUCUUGAUAUUUUUCAAGCUGAGUAAAUGGUUUUCCUCAAAAAAUUUCUUCAAUUUUCGAAUUGAUACCCUUUUCCCUUUUUGUAGAAACCUCCACUUAAAAAAAAAAAAAAUUCUAGUUGGUCCCUCAAAGCCUUAAAUAUCUAUCUUUGCCGAGAAAUCAUGUUCUGUGUAUAGCUUAGGUGCGGUAUAUACAUAUAGAGGAAGAAGCUAGCCCUGGAAUGUUCAAAGAAUAAAAGGUCACUAUAUUGAUGGCCUAAGAAACUAUUGUAUGAAUGUAACUUGUCCUUGCUAUAUGUCAAUUUUCAAGCAUUCAAAUA